GAUAAUCAAGGGGAUGAAGCGAAAGAAGUGAAGAGAAGAGAAUGAAGUGAAAUGACGCUCAGUGGAGAAGUCAUACACAAUAAGCCACAGACAUAUGAUGAAUAAGAUAAGAAGUGUACACACAUAUGCUCAUAUAAAAGCAGUUGAGGUUGAUAAGUGAAUAAUUAACAAGGUCAAAAUGUGACUCAAGAAGAAUGAAUAAAUUGGCCUGUCGAGAAGCUAGAAUAAGUUAUGUGGGUUUAGCAUAGUAACCUACACUACAAUAUGUGUUAGUAUUUUUGUCCAGAAUUACAUUGUUUCAAAUAUUUUUGUUUGAAUGCUAGUACCAGCUGUACAAAAGAACUGUGCACACCUUAACGAUUCUUGCAGUCGGAUUUUCUUUCGUCACUGUUGUGACAAAUUAGUUUGUCAUGGAUUCUUCAAUGGAAUAUGUGUUCAUUGUCUUGGUACAAAUAAAUUAUGUAUUUGGAGCUCGGACUGUUGUAGUGGAAGCUGUUGGUUUUUUCACUGUCAAGAAAAAUAUAGUAAUGUUAGUACAGAUAUUGUGAAUACUACAGAAACCCAACAAAAUGAGACCACUUCACAAAUACGUACUCUGUAA